AUGAACAACCUUCCCGAAACGAUGCGCUCCCUAGUGGCGCUUCAACACUGCACCCCCGCCGGCUUCGAGGUUGCCGGAGUGCCCCUCCCGACAAUAACCAAUCCUACGGAAGUGAUAAUUCGGGUGCAUGCCGGAGCGAUUAUGAAGGGCGACUGUCAACGGGCUGUGGGGUCUCGGAUCGUUGCAUCGCGGAAAGAGACAUUUCCUGUGAAACUCGGCUGUGAGGGCGCUGGUGUCGUCGUCGCAAUCGGAUCGGAAGUCAAGACCUUCAAGAUCGGCGAUGCAGUCUACGGCCACGGCGUCGUCCGUCCCGCCUUCAGCAAUCCGGACCCAGGUUUCUGCUCCGAAUAUGCAAUCACGCAGGAGAGAUUACUGCUGCCAAAGCCGCCACAAAUAAGCUUUGAAGAAGCUGCCGCACUUCCUGGGUAUACUGUGACAGCGUAUCAAACCAUCAAGCGCGGUCUAGAAUUGGCCGGUUGGGAGAGUCUUGAGGGGAAGACCGUGUACGUCCCGGCUGCCUUGAGCGGAGGGGGCUUUAGCGGUAUCCAGGUUGCGAGAAACGUGUUUGGUGCAGCAAAAAUCAUUUCAACAGUCUCAACCCCAAAGUUGAAGCUUGUCGAAGAGUACCUUCCCGGAAUGGUGGAUCAACUUAUCGAUUACAAGACGACGAGCUUGACAGACGCUGUUCCCAAGGGCAGCGUGGAUUUCAUGUUCAACACGCAAUGGGACAGCAUGAACCCAGCGAUACCCCUUCUCAACCCCAAGACAGGCGUCAUCAUGUCCAUUGCCUCGAUUCCUCCAUCGCCUUUGGUGAGGGAGAUCAUGGGGCCCGGCAUGGUUCCGCUCUGGCUAGCUUGGAUGCUGGACCUGGUUCAGUGGUGGUACGCUUUCAAGUUUAGAGGGACGAACAUCCAACACGAAUUCGUGUCGGGUAAUCCAGAAAUUAGGGAAGACCUAGAGAGAGCUGGCGAGAUGAUUGCUACUGGCAAGGUAAAAGCGGUCUUUCGUACGGUGGAACUAUCCGACAUUGAGUCUAUCCGGGAAGAGUGCGUAAAGGUCGAUACAGGGAAAGGCGGCCUUGGUAGGCUAUUGAUUAGGGUGAAGGACUGA